AUGGAUGCAGCCGCUGUAGUUCCUGCUUCGUCUCCUGCCUCAAGAGGUUCCUCUUUCAGUGAAAUGGAAUCCCCACAGAAGGAGAGAUCCACGAAGGACGGUGGAGGAGCUGGUAGAUCGCAGGAAGGAAAAAAGGGAGACUGCUGUGUGCCUGGCUGGGAAUGGGGGGAAUUGUCUGAGAACCCAGCUUGGCUUCUGGAGCAUUUGGCUCAAGGAAUUCACAUGGUCGUCGCCGAGGAACAGAGCGUUCAGGCAAUAAAAGGGUCACAUAGCGAAAGUGGUGCCAUUUUCACCAUGUAA